GUCAAAGCAUCCCAACUCCCGCCUCCUCCUCGUCUAAAACCACUCGCUUCCAAACAAUCCAAACCUUCCAUGCCAUUUGGCAUUUUUGGCUUUGCUUCUCUUCUCUUCCUUUGCUUUGGCUCUUCCCCAAAAUCACAAGACCCAAGAAAGAAAGAGAGAGAGACAAAACAACAGAUCAUCUUUGCAGCACUGUAUUGGCACUGUACCGCUCGACAUGAACGGCGAGGAGGCUCCGGCCGGGAGCGGCGGCGGCGGCGGUGGAAGGGCGGAGAUCGACACGUCGGCGCCCUUCGAGUCGGUGCGCGAAGCCGUCGACCACUUCGGCGGCGGCGCCGCCGCCGUCUGGAGCUCCUGCCUCGUCAACCGCAUGCUCACUCCCCCGAAGGAACAUGACCAGAUGAAUGGGCAGACCUUGCAGCUAGAGAAGGAGCUCAUCAUCAAGGAAAGCCAGACGCUUGAUGUGCUCAAAGAAUUAGAGUCCUCCAAAAGGAUCAUUUCGGACUUGAAGCUAAAAGUGCAGAAUGAUUCAGCCAUCACUGGACACCCGGGCCAAACUGAAGCACCAGGUGCAGGGCCUGAGGAGAGGCGCUCUUCUGAAAAUGUUGAAACUGAUGGGGAAUUGGGUGGCCUGGAUUCACAGAAUCUGCAGCCUCCAAGUUCAGUGCUAAUGCAGCUUGAGCAGGCAAAAGCGUACUUGACCAGAACCACAGCUGAUCUAGCCGAGAUAAGAGCCUCCGUUGAGUCGCUGUGCAAUGAGAUAGCAAAAGAGAAAAUCUUGGUGGAGAGAAGUCGAGAGAAGGUUUGCUCCAACACAUCCUUGAUCUCUUCGCUGGAGGGUGAAUUGGAUCGCACUACACAUAAGCUGCAAACGCUGAAUGAUAGGCAAAGAAGGCGCGAGGAUUCGUCACACAUUCUGAUGGAGAUCAAGAAGGUGACAUCAGAGAUAGAGCAGCUCAAGAGCGCAUCAAAUGCAUCGAAAUCUGAAGCUACGAUGUUGGCUGCCGAAAUUGAGCAGACAAAGGCAAGCAUUGCAACCGCUGAGGUGAGGUGUCUUGCAGCCAAGAAGAUGGAAGAUGCAGCAAGAGCAGCAGAAGCUCUUGCACUUGCUGAGAUCAAGGCCCUACUUAGCGGUGAAGCUUCAGCUGGAGAUCUCCAGGGUACUGAUGGAGUGAACUUGUCCUUGGAAAAGUAUUUUGAGCUUGCUUCAAAAGCUCAAGAGUGUGACGUCAGCUCGAGGAAGAAGAUUGAAGCGGCAAUGUUGCAGGUGGAAGAAGCCAACCGAUCAAAAUCCAACUCGCUCAACAAGCUGGAGGAAGCUAAAUUGGAAUUUGAGAAAUGCAAAAUUGCACUGCAGGAUGCUCUGAAGAGGGCACACGCUGCCAAUCGGGGGAAGCUCGCAGUGGAAGAGUCUGUUCGUAGAUGGCUAUCUGAGAGUGGCUACAAGAGGCACUCAUUUCAUGAUUCUUCCAAGUUAAAAAAUGCAGCAGAUAUCACUGACGUUUCAAAGAGCUUCUUGAAGCCAACACUGUCAAUUGGGCAGAUAUUGAAUCUGAAGCUAAUGGGACCUGAUGGGUAUGACAAAAGCGUUUGGGAUGAUACAACUGAAGCUUCAAAUGUUUCACUUGGUCAGAUCCUGAACCGGAGGAAUGCUGUUUUCUGUAACAGUGAUAUAACUUCUCAGAAGAUAUUGUCAGGAAAAAGGAAGAAAUUUGCCUUCACAGGGCUUUCAGUUUUGUUGGCAAAACAAGCCAAGAGGCAAGAGCAAGAGAAAUAGAGGAUCAGAUUAGAGCCUAUCUGCCCAAGGUUUACCUAAGCCUGAAACAGUAGGUGAUGAAUGUUGUGACCACUAUUUCCAUGUUCAUGUAUGUUAGUUGGUUCUGGCCCUGCGUCCUCUGAAUCUGUUAUUGCCCUCUCACACAUGAUUUCUCUAGGAUGACUGGUUGCGGAUUAGGAACGUAAAACUGACGGUAUUGCAGUCCUUUCUAUAAAUUUGCAACUAUGCUUAACAUGAGUGAGGCCACAAGAUGAGCUGUUAGUA